AAAAGUUGAAAGAAUUAAGCCCACUUCAAUGGCGGAAAAAUACGACGUGGCAUAUUCAUAUUCCACAAUUUCUGGUCGGAAAGUACUCUGCAGAGAGAGUGUUGAUGUUGUCUCUUUCGUAGUUCUCGUUGUAAGACAAUCUGGUUAGAUCGUUCUCUUUUGGCUUUGGGUUUUGUCAGCUGAUAGAGUUUUAACUGAUCAUUUAAACCCUAAUUCUCUUCACAAUAUUGGAAACCCAUCAAUUGAUUACCCGCAUUCGAUUGCCUCUUAGCAUCACUCGAUUGAAGAAACUCAGGUGAUAAUGUCGCCGAGGUGGAGCAGAGUUUUCGGCCAAAUUUGCAAUUUGCGGAGGAGUACUGAAUUUGCACGGAGGGAUUUGUCUGUUUUUGAGUUUCGGAAUUAUGCUAAGGUUUCGGCUGCGGUGGAGCCCAAUGCUGAAUGCGACACUAUUAAACCUGAGGUGAAUCAUAACAAGUUGUUUUGGUCCAAGCCACGUUCAUUGGCAUUGGCAACUGACUCACCGUAUAGAAUUGAAGAUCCACAGUAUGAGGGCAUUAAACGAUUUGUCCUAAAGAUGAUGCUAUUCUACAGCAAGCAAAGCCAGUUCAUCCGUUGGGCCAAUGUUAUUUACGGCCGUGUAGUAUAUCAAGUUGAUAGACCUGCUAUAUAUGAUGUGUUUAGCUUGGAGAAGACAUUUAAAACUACGUUUUCCUUGCUUGUGCUCCAUAUGUGGCUUUGUCUACGGCGUUUAAAGGAAGAGGGUAAGGAAGGUGUUGAGUUGGGGCAAUACUUGUAUGAGAUAUAUAAUCAUGAUCUGGAAUUGAGGGUGUCUAAAGCUGGGGUAAAUUUACUGCUAUCUAAAUGGAUGAAAGAGUUGGAGAAGAUAUUUUACGGAAACAUUGUUGCUUAUGAUGCUGCCAUUGGAAAGCAGGAUGACCUGGAAAAUGUCAUUUGGAGGAAUGUGUUCUCGGAUGAUGGUACAUCAAAACCAAGUGAUGGCGCCUUACUUCCAGUCCAGGCAAUGACAAGGUAUAUUCGUCGGGAAGCGAGUUGUCUAUCGUUAACAGAUAAAGAAGCCAUACUAUCUGGCAACUUCAUGUUCACGCCAUUGGAGGAUACAGGUCCUGAUUUGCCAAGAAAGUAGUGCAAAAUAGGCCCGAAAGUGAUUCAGCAAUCAUUACAGAUAUACGCCAAAAGCUUCCAUGAUUAGGUUGCAUUCAUAUCCUUUUACAACGAAUACAAGAGGAUCUGAAUAAUGGGUUCCCAAGGAAAUGAAUGUUGGAAAUGCUUUUAGAACUUACAUGCCCUGUUGCUGAAACAUACUCUUACAUUAUUUUUGAAUCGACUCGGGAGCUACAGACUAAAACGAUGGUGUUGGUGUUGCUGUUGAUGGGAUUAAGAUGGGAUAAAGAUAAAUAUAAGUAAUGAGCUAUAGUGCUGAACAAUUUUUGUCUGAUGAAUAUGCUAUAUUUUGUAGCAUCACAUUGUAGUUUACUCUUUAUUCUUGGCAUAUAUGUCCUCUUAUGAAGUUGUUUGUGAUA